AUGGCAACACACCAAAAUAGGGUGUGUGUCGAAAAUCCAGCCUUUCGAUUGAUCUUCCUGAGAGCCAAUUUGCGCGAUGCUGGUGAAUCCGCUCAUCAAAUGCUGGACUUCCUGCAACAUAAGGCAAAGUAUUUCGGAAACGAAAAGGUUGCUCGUGAUAUUACGCUUGAUGAUCUGAAUGAGGGCGACAUGGCGCUGUUGUUGUCGGGCCUCUUGCAUAUUCAGGAAGGACGAGUGCGAAGAGGUAGAGUCAUUGUUUACCUUUUCAGUGGCCUCCAUGGCAUCGGCACGAUUCAAAACCAUAUACGAGCAUCAUAUUACUUCAUGUUCAACAUUCUGGCUCAGAUUCGUGAAGUACAAAAGGAAGGGAUCGUCAAUUGCUACUACGGUAUCUCCAAGCCAGGAGACAAAAUCCGCAAGUUCGGGCUCAACUGUAUGACAACGAUUAUAAAGUUUCUGAACGCUGCUCCUAUCCGUACUACCUCACAACACACCUGCCUAAAAGAUGACAAAGAUUCGAACGUUGCCUUGAACAAGUUUAUUCUUGGAAUAUCUUAUCUUACAAACUCCUCCCGACAAAUCUCACGACUAGAACUCGAAUCCACUACGGUACAGAUUUGGAACUCCAAUAUCAGCUCCAAUCAUACAGAAUCCCAAUACAUACAUUCCCUGUCGAUGCACAUGGAAAUUUGCGGAGGGGAGAAAGUCAGAGUGCUUGGUUCUUCAAACAUAGGAAUCAAGCCAUGGAAGGUCCGAACAAGACAAUGCCGACAGCAAAUGCACAUCAGAACUGGCACGACAGGCUAG